AUGUCUUUCUCCAGAGCCGCUUCCCUCCGUUCCGCCCUCCGACUUUCGGCGCGCCGGACAAUCCGUCCCCAGUUCCGCCCUCAGUUCGCGCAGAGGACCUACGCGAGCCAGCAUGGCGCCGCGAAGCCCCAGAGCGAGCUCCCUCUCGCCCUCGGCUCAGCACUCAUUACCGUCGCCGGUCUCGCCGUAAUCCUCCCCUGGGGCGAGAAGAAGUCCGACGCUCACGGCCACGGCCACGAAGCCACCCACAAGGAGAAGCACGAGGAGGCACCCGCCAAGGAGGAGGUCGAGGAGUCCAAGCCCGAGGAGAAGUCCGAGGAACCCAAGGAGGAGAAGACCGAGGAGAAGAAGGACGAAAAGGCCGACGAGCAGCCUAAGCAGGAGUCCAAGUCCGAGGACAAGUCUGACGACAAGGCCGAGGAGUCCAAGGACGAAAAGAAGGAUGAGUCCAAGGAGGACAAGAAGUCCGAAGAGCCUAAGGAUGAGAAGAAGGACGACGAAGACAAGAAGCAGGAGGAGAGCAAGUCUGAGGACAAGUCUGAGGAGGAGAAGAGGGAGGAAAACUAG